AUGACGAAGUCCCAGAACCAAAACCCAGUGCAACGAACUCCAGGUCGGCCGGGCUUUGUGCGCCCUUCUCAGCAUCGAGACUUGGCCAGCUUGAUUCGAUCGAGAGUAGAGGGGAAAAAUCGAGUCUCUGAACGCCUGCACAUUGAGAAGCAGUUCAAUUCACUACCUUCAUACCAGGAACUUGCUGAGGAUUUUAUCCAAUUGAAGUACAAACACCUUGAUGAUAUCGUUGUUGAAUCCACCACAGUUGCUCAGGAAUGCAUCAAGGCCACCCAAAGAUGUGUAAAUGAAUGGGAAAACCGAUCAAACUUCAUCAGGGCGCAAAGUAUAGCUAUUGUGUCAAACGCCACGGAUUCAGUUCUACAAGCAGAGAAAAUCACCAAGGAACUGCUGUCACGAAAGCAAAAGAAAAUCGGUCGAAUGAUUGAUCAUGAAUACUGCUGCAUUGCUUUUGCUAAAACUCCAGAAUUGGUAAGAGAGGUGCAAAUAUCCGCCCAGAACAUCCAUCGUUGGAGGAAGUCUCUCCGUGCGACUCAAAUAACGCUCCUGGAAUCUCAGAUCAACACUUCUGAGCUAUCAAUCCGUCAAUUGAGAGACGCUCUCAACGAUGAUUACCUAAGACCCCGGGAUACCGCAAGAAGUCGAAUUGAUCGAGUUCUUCAUCAAAGCGACCUGAUUGAAAAGGAAUACAUCGAGUUGCGACUAAAAGCAACCAACGCAAGAUGUUUCGCCAUCAGGGACCUUUGCUUGGAGCUUCAAACCAACCCGAACCUUAACCUUCGUCCAGACGAUAAAUGGGUGUUUGGCCAAUACAAAGAACUCAUUGAGCGUAGUGAUAGCGAGACUCGCUUAUAUGCCCAUAAUCACCGGUCAGCCUGGCUCAGAAGGCAAAUGGCUUUCCAUCCACUUCGACAAAGUGAACUAUGGAAUUUAGGCGAUUUCAUGGCGGCAGUUGCGUCAUCACGUCCUCCUAGGUUAACUCACAAGAGUAUCGUACUUGCGCUUACGCAAAGUGCGCCAGAGAACUCACCGGCGAGUCAGUACUUACACAACAGUCGACGCCUGUUAUCCAACAAGAUCUAUCUCCAAUACAAGCGUCUUUGGAUGCCAAAACCGGCACGCAGCUCCGAGCUACAUAUCUAUUGGCGACAGUUGGAUGUAAUAGCGCCACUGCACCUGAACAAUGUUACCACGUGGUGGCUUCAUAAUGAAGGUUGGUUCCUUCACCACAGCCUCAAAGGUGAUCAUGGAGCAUUGUGGGAUUGGGUUCCCGAUGAGACUCGGCGGCACACUGUUUCCAAUCUGGCCGACUGGUGCAUGAAAUUCCAGGAACAUCGCAGCGAUCUUCGAAAAAUGGUUGCUAGUUACAUCCAUAUAAACUGGCUGCGUCUUCGAUCGGAAACCUUGCUAUGCUCAAUGGAAGAACCUGCCUAUCUUGCUGGAAAGUUUGAAGUCCUCGAUCCAAUAAGCCAGGAUAUGCGCCGCUUCAAGCAAUGGACCGAUCGCAUGGGCCAGUUGGUUUCUGACGCCCAUAUUGCCUCAAUCGCCAUGCACAUGUCGCGAAAUGAGUGGGAAUCCAUCCACGAAAAGUUUGGGCGCUCGUUUCUGCGGGAUCCUUCCGCUAACCCCCAGUUUUUAGAACUGGGUUCUUCGAUGACCAAGCCCAGGCGUAAGAAGGGACGAGAGGAAUUCAGAUCUCCCAAGACCAAGGCUGCUUUGAUCAAAUUUUCGCAGAGCCGUCUCUCGAGAUAUAUCAAAGGGCAACUCCCGGGCCAUUCCGAGUCUUCACCUACCAGUCAUGAUAAUCAGGAGCCCAGCCAGGUUGUGAAACCCUUGAGGGUUGCCUUGAGACAAAUAAGGAGGAGACUGAGAAGAGCUGCACGACAGUAUACAGCCGACUUAGCUGCUAAACAAGGUAAUCAAGAUCAAAGUCACCUUGGACACAAAAUCAAUCCUCCAACAAUAAAACCCGAGGACCACACAACAGAGGGCAACCUUAUAUCCGAACCACCCCCAGUCGACGCGCGUACCGGUCAGGACAAUCAGGAGGACAGUCAGGUCAUCUCCAAGCCGCCAUCACCCGGCCCCUGGAAGAGAAAAUCCAGGAGCCACAACGUUCCUGAGUUCAAGCCCUUUCUCGUUUAUACGCCUGCUAGCCAGACAAAUCAAGAAGGGAGCCAGGCUCUUCCAAACCCACCGCCCAUGCUCUCAAAGAGCAAAGACGUGAGUCUCGGUACGGAGCCAGAUGUUGAUGACCUCCGUCCACCAAUUCCCAGAGAAACCAGUAAUUCAUACCCAGGCACACGGACACGCUACGGACUACGAUCCGCCCUUAUGCUACCGAGAAAACCAUUCGCUAAACCACAACCAAACAACGGGAGAAAGUAUAGCACGGAUGCAAUUUUUUAUCAAACAAAAUGUCGACAAAGCGGUGGUAUCAGCCAUAAUUCCCUGUCUGAACGGCCGCUUGAAAACGCUCUGUCCUCGGUCCCAGAUACCAUGGCCAGAGAUGACCCAGGAUCUUUCGAAGAGAAUGAUUCUACAGUUAAAUCAAUCCCAUCAUCAGAUACUGGUUCCAGUACCAACGACACUACAACCCCCCAGUUUUGGAGCCAUAGUUCACAGCAAAGCCCCGAUGGCCGAAAACUCAUCGUGCAUUAUUGCCGGACUCUUCAAAGUACCGAAGAAGCAGUCCAACACUUCCUCGGGAGCAAAGUCAUUGGAUUCGACAUGGAAUGGAAGGCUCAAGCAUCCGGCUGGGACAGCAUUCAGAGCAAUGUCUCGGUGAUCCAAAUCGCAAAUGAGGAGCGUAUCGCCAUCUUCCAAAUUGCCCUCUUCAAGCCUGCACGUUCUCUGGAGGACUUGGUUUCCCCAUCAUUGAAACGCCUCAUUGAAUCUCCUGAUGUCAUCAAAGUGGGUGUUUCAAUCAAGGCAGAUUGCACACGGCUGCGCAAGUAUCUCGGCGUCGAUGCCAGAGCCACCUUCGAGCUCAGCCAUUUGUACAAAUUGAUCAAGUACGGCAAGGACAAUCCCAAAUUGGUGAACAAAAGGGGCGUCAAUCUCAGUGAUCAAAUAAAGGAGCAUUUCGGUCUCCCUCUCGAGAAAAGUGAUGAUGUCCGCUGCAGUGAUUGGACUCGGCUUUUGAGUUAUCGUCAGGUCCAAUAUGCUGCUACCGAUCCGUAUGCUUGCAUUCGUCUGUUCCAUACCAUGGAGGCGAAAAGACAAGCCAUGAACCCAAUGCCGCCUCGUCCCGCAUACGCGGAACUCAACCAGCCCAUUGUUCUUCCACUUGGACAAGCAGUCAACAGUGAGGAAGACCCAUUGAUCUGA